GCGCGGUGCAUGUCGGGAGUAAGGUCUGGCGAUUGGCGCGCGGAUUCGAAGGGAAAAUGGAGUUGAUGCGCGCGAUACAGUUACUGAAGUUAAACUCUGUAUCUACAGCCUGGGUGGAUGUGGUGUGGGAGUGUGAGUUCACGGAUGCUGAGCCCCUCGACCCCGCUAUCAAAGAGGAAAUCAAUGAAGACAUGAACGUAUUUAAGAAGGUCUACAAGCAGCUGCUGCCUUUCUCUUCCGAAGACGACAGCACUCGGAGCGCGUGGAAUUUGUUUGGAGAAAACGGCGUGUCUGUGAAGUCCCUGGUGGCCGUGCUGGCGUUCUUCAUCCUCGAUGCCAAAACCAAAUCGCCCAGCGUCGAGCAGAGACGUCACAGCCUGCAGGCAGCCUCGCUCUACCUGCUGCUUCUUAGAAUCCCAGGCAGCGUAGCCAAUAAAGUGUUCCAUCAGAUCCUGUUCGACACGUGUCUGGAUGUGGUGCUGAAAUGCUGGCCGCAGAACUCGGGGAAGAAGCGCAAGAAAGAUACGCUGAAGAGCUCGCAAGGUGACCCCAAGAGCGGGAAACGGGCCAAACCACUGAAGAAAGUCCCCGAAGAGAUGGAGAUCGCUGAGGAAGAUGAAGACGAUGAAGACGAGGAGGUGUAUUUUUCAGCUCAGGAUCUGUUGGGAAUGCGCGAGGAUGUGGUCGGACUCAUCCAGACUCUGCUCAAGCUGCUGGAGAAGUUUUCGCUCAGGGACAAACCGCAGAGCGCCGACAGCUGCAUGCGGUUGUUCACCGAACUCACCAACUUCGAGCCAGUCGUCGGAGAGCUUUCCUUCUCUGAGAAACGUGAUGUGGACAAACUGAGGAGCCUUCCUGAGCUCGCCUAUCAUGGCCUUUGGCUUCUCUGCUCCUCUAACCACGGUGAAGGAGACGAGUGUCGCCGGCGUGUCUUCCACCGAAUGCUGUACGUCAUUCUGAUGAUGAGGAAGGACAGAGCCAAGCCUUGUCUGCUCGCCCCGACCCAGGCCGUCUGCAGCGCCAGAGACCAGGCCAUCGUCUUCAUCAGUCAUCUUGUCGAUGAACAGACUGAUGCCACAUUGCCUCUGCUGAAGAUCCUCAUACAGCACAUCUGUCACCAGAUGGUGGAGAAGGCAGAAUACCGUGCUAGCGGUGCUAAAGCUAUCGGGAAGCUGGUGACUAAGAUGCCAUGUAACAAUUAUGCCACUUUUGUCAAGUGGCUUUCAAAUUAUUCUCUUAAUAUCAGGGUGUCAUUCCGCAUGUUUGCUCUGGACGUAGCCAUGGUGCUGCUGGCGCAGGAGGAACGGGAGGCAGACGAGUCUCUCGAACCAGAUCUGGCGAUGUACCUCUCGCACCGUUUCCUGGUGCGCAGCUUGGUGUACGGACGCCGCUCUGACGUCUCGCCCACGGUCCGAGCACACGCCAUGCACUGCCUCGCCCAGUGCCUAGAGCUGCCGAGCCACAAUGCCACCAAGUGGAUUCACGAGCUCUUCUCUUCCUCAUCCACUACCGGAUCGCAGACCACGAUGGAGACCGGACACUCCGAGCAGACUCUAAAGAGAGGAGAGACGGCUCAGAAAACUGCCCUGACCUUCCGCACCAUCGAACUGACCAAGCACAAGAGCCGCAGCGCUGACAAGAGCAUGAGCCGCGACGCUACCGCUAUCGAGUAUCAGGAAACUUUGGAUCUGUUUAAACAGCGUGUGAGCGACCCCAAAACCAAUGUCAGGAAAUGUGCCCUCGAGACUAUAAUGAGCCUGGUGAAGCAUGGCGUGAUCACGUGUAGUCCAGGGAAUCUGGCCAUUCUCUCCGAGCGCUGUCGAGAUCCGGCUGUAUCCGUGAAGAAAAAAGCCAUGCAGUGUCUCAUGGAUCUCCUCACCGCACUACCCUGCAGCACAGACGUACAGGAGGCUUGGCUGAGGGGUGUGGUUCCUGCAGUGAUGGACUCUGAGAGCUCUGUACAGGAGAAAGCUCUCGAGUGCCUCAACGACAAAAUUCUCACUCACAUCAAAAGCCAGAGAAGCUUUCGUCAUGACGACACCUUGCAGAGAGUCGCCUGGGACCUGCUGAGACUCAUGUGUGAUAAGUGUCAGGAUCUUGGGCGAUAUUUCAGUAAAGCGUUCGCUGUGUGGUCAAGGCAGGAGAAGUUUUCCACCGCGCUGGUGAACAGUCUGAUCUGGCACACGGAGCAUGAACAGGCCCCGGCCGCGUGGCUGCUGCUGGCCAAAGUGGUCGGCUGCUGCACUAAACUCAACUUGGGCACUAUUCUGGAGGCCUGGGAUUGUACAGUCAGGUCUCCGGUUGUUGAUGUGGCUACAACAUGCCACAUUCUGACGGUCCUCGGUCACAUUGCAACGAGUCUCAAUGAUGAUAGUAAACGCAGGAUCAUCGAUGAUCUGAUGGCCUGGCUGAAGGGCUUCAAUUUACCUCUGGAGGUGAUCAGUGCCAGCGUGGAUGCCCUGUUCAGUCUCGGACAAUCUGACGACAUCAAGGACACCGUGAGCUUCCUGAGCCAGUUCUGUGGAGAGCUGGUGUCCGUGUGUGAGGAGUACCUGUCCACCGUCCUGCUAAACGAGAGAGGGGCAGAGAAUCUAAACCAGGAUCUGCUGGUGAAACACUUGUACACUCUGGGCGUGGCCUCUCUUCACUGCCCUGCCAAAGUGCAAAAGCGAGUCUUCCUCCUCGUUCAGUCUAUUCUCACUACAUCUGAUCAACCCGUGACUGGAGACGGUGCAGAGCUACCAGCCAGUCAGCCCCUCUCCCAGUUUAAGCCAUCUUCCAUGCCGACAGUGGUACGAGCUCAUGCCGUCAUCACAUUAGGGAAGCUGUGCCUGCAGCACGAGGGGCUGAUGGUGCGUUACAUUCCUGCCUUUGCACGAGAGAUGGAGGUCGGCACAGAGUUGGCGGUGCGCAGCAACGUGGUAGUGGUGCUGUGCGACCUGUGCGUACGUUACCCCAACACGCUGAGCCGAUACAUCAACAACAUCUCCACCUGCCUCAGAGACACAGAGCCACUCAUCAGAGAGCAGAGCCUCAUCAUGCUCACCAAUCUGCUGCAGGAGGAGUUUGUCAAAUGGAAAGGAUCUCUGUUCUUCCGAUUCGCCGCCGUCCUGGUGGACCCAGAUCCCUCCAUUGCAGACCUGUGUGAGUACUGCCUGGUGGACCUGCUGCUGAAGAAGAACCCACUGAUGUUCUGUCAACACUUCAUCGAGUGCAUCUUCCACUUCAAUGCCUAUGAGAAGCACAAGAAGUACAACAGAUUCCCACAGACAGAGAGUGAGAAGAGUAGGUUUUCUCUCAAAGGACAGAUGAAUCAGGGCAAACGUUUCAGAAUCUACCGAUUCCUCUUGAAACACUUCACAGAUGAACAGCGCUUUAAUAUCACCACCAGAAUCAGCCAGGAUGUUCUCGCGUGCUUCGUGGAUUCAGAAUUGCCUUUAGAUUCAGAGGGAGCUGAGCUUCUGGCAGACGUGUUUGAUGUUCUUUCGUUGAAGGAGAUCAAGCUGACGGCCAUAAGCGGAGCUUCAACCAACGACGAGGCACCUGACGAUGAAAUGGCUGCUGCUAAAGCCGUGCUGCAGAAAAAGCUCGUCUCCCAGGUGCAGAAAAAGAACUUUGUGGAGAACGUGAUCCCCAUGGUCAUCGCCUUGAAGAACAUGCUGGAGGAGAAGCGCUCACCCGUGCUCAAAGACCUCAUGGCUUACCUGCAGGUGACCAUGCAGGACUACCGAUCUGAGGUGAAGGAGGUCUUUGCAGCAGAUGAGCAGCUGGCUGCAGAAGUGGAGUACAACCUGAAGAUGUUUGAGAAACAAAAGGAGCAGGAGCAGCAGGAGUUGGCGCAGCGGCUUAGCAGUUUCACGCUGUCACCUAGAACUAAAGGUAGCGCAGCUGCGUCUCCAGCUCAAGGGGUCAGAACCACACCCCUGCCAUCUCAGUCUGCUCAGAACACACCAAGAAUGGCAGAUGCACUCAGACGGCGUACCUUUGCAGGAAUGCUGACCCCUGUACAACAGAGACCUUCCCACAGCGUCAGGUCUUCAGGGAUCACAAAAGGAGUUUAUGACGGGAGAGCGAUCAGCACGCCACAGGAGAGCAUCAAUGAAGUGACGUUUGGCGAACAGUUUAGCGCCAUCUGCUACGACGGAGCUGCCGGCAGGACCAGCGAGAAAGUUCUAUAUCUGAUGUCACCUGAGCACGAAGCUUCGGCACCAAGGCAGUGGAACGUCCAGUCUCCCGUCGUCAGGAAAAGCCAACGCAAGAGACAGCAGUUAUGAAAAUGCGCUCAUAUCAUACAGUGCUUUCAAAUAAUCUCUUCAACUACCUGUCUGUUUUCAGUCUCAUGUUUUUUUUUCUACAGUAUCCAUGUUUUCUGUGUGUGUAUAUAAAGAAAUAAACUGGUAAAGAAA